CAUCAACUUCCCCAAGUGCCCUCGGUGGUGACUUCCCGUUGGUGGUGUUCUUAAGGUUCUGUUCAGCUUCCUGUGUUUUAUUUUCAGUCCUAUGAACUUCACUUUCAUUUCUCACUCGUCUCUGGUGGGGGAACUUCUCUGUGAAAAGCUGUUUUCUGUCUUGGUUGGUGAGCAAGAGGAGCCUCAGAUCAGAACAGGUAGGAACAGGGGAGCAGCUGCAAUGGCUUCAGGAAUUCUGGUGAACAUAAAGGAAGAGGUGUCCUGCCCCAUCUGCCUGGAGCUUCUGAAAGAACCCCUGAGCCUGGACUGUGGGCACAGCUUCUGCCAAGCCUGCAUCACUGCCAACAACAAGGAGUCCAUGAUGGGCCAGGAAGGAGAGAGCCACUGCCCAGUGUGCAGGCUAAAUUACCAGCCUGGGAACCUGCGGCUAAAUCGGCAUGUGGCCAACAUAGUGGAGAUGCUUAGGGAGGUCAGGUUGAUCCCAGAAGAGGAGCAAAAGAGAAAUCUCUGUGUGCGCCAUGGAGAGAGACUUCUGCUGUUCUGUAAGGAGGAUGGGAAGAUCAUUUGCUGGCUUUGCGAGCGGUCUCAAGAGCACCGUGGUCACCACACAUUCCUCAUGGAGGAGGUUGCCCAGGAGUAUAAGGAGAAGCUCCAGAGAGCUCUGGAAAAGCUGAGGGAAAAUAAGGGGAAUGCUGAAAAGUGGGAAGCUGACCUCAAAGAAGAGAGAAUUUCCUGUGAGGAUCAAAUAGAAAAUGAGAGCCAACAUAUCCAACAUUUUUUUAAACAACUAAGAGGAUUCCUGGACAUUGAGGAGCUGAAGGAGAUGGAAAAGUUGGAGAAGAAGAAGGAAAAUAUUCUAAAUGACCUGGCUCAAUCUGAGAGUGAACUGGUCAAGCACAGCCAGUUGUUGAGAGAUUUCAUGUCAGAUCUGGAGUAUCGGUUGCAGGGAUCAACAGUAGAGAUGAUGCAGGAUGUGAAUGGCAUCAUGGAAAGGAGUGAGACCUUCAUUCUGAAGAAGCCAGAGGCUCUCUACGAGAAACAAAGGAGUGUGUUCCAAGCACCUGAUCUGAGAGAGAUGCUGCAAGCAUUUGCUGAACUGACAGCUGCGCGAUGCUACUGGGUUUACAUUACCCUGAACCUUCCCAAGAAUAAUCCAGACGUUGCCAUUUCUGAGGAUCGGAGAGAAGUGAGAGUGUUACAUUGGAAUACAAAUGUUCAUGAGGCCGAUUAUGAUGUCUUGGGCUCACCGGUGAUCACAUCAGGGAAACAUUACUGGGAGGUAGAUGUGUCAGACAAACAUGCCUGGAUCUUGGGGGUAUGUUGUGUAAAACAUAAUUAUUUCAGUUUUCAUCAAGAUUACUCUAGAUAUCAACCUAGACUUGGCUACUGGGUUAUAGGGUUACAGAAUAACUCUGAAUAUAAGGCUUUUUUGGAUUUGUCCAACUACUGGGGCAUCUUCUCCUCCCUUGUUCUUACUGUUCCUCCCCGUCGUGUUGGAGUUUUCCUAGACUAUAAUGCUGGCACUGUCUCAUUUUUUAAUGUCACAAACUAUGGGGAUCUCAUCUAUAAAUUCUCUUCAUGUUGCUUUUCUCAAGAAGUGUAUCCGUUUUUCAAUCCUUUGCACUGCACUGGCUGCAUGACACUGUGCUCUCCAAGCUCUUAAAUCUCUUACACCCUCAUCUACUUCUUUUGUGGUGCCUCUGGCCUUGGUGUGCACCUUACACACUGAGCUUGGCUGCCUUUCCUUUUUAUUUAUUUUUUCCAUUUCGACAUCCUUCAUUUAACAGUAGAGUGUACAAGUUGCCUUGUGUCGUAUUUUUCCUAAUGUCUUGUUUGCAUUAGUAGAUAAUUUUUAUUCACCACUUUCCAUAAUCAGAAGCAAAACAAUGAAUGCCUCAUAAAAAAAUACCAGUGUGGCCCUGGCUGUUUUGGCUCAGUGGUUAGAGCGUCAACCUGCGGUCCACAGAGACCCGGGUUUGAUUCCCACUAA